AUGACCUUAUCACUAUAUAGGGAAAUUCCCUUGUCGACCGUCAAUGAUGAUCUGAUACCACCGACUUGCCAAACACAAGAAAUACCCCGUUCUACUAUCGAUUGGCCGUUGGAAAUCGUGGCUAUCAUGCUCGAUUUCCUCCCGCAACACCGCGUCUACCCCUUCCUCUCACUAUCCAAAGGAGUCAACCAUAUUGCAAAGCAACGGUUACUUCGACAAGUAUACGUGCUCGAUCGAGACAGGAAGCCGCUUCUACAUGAUGCGGUGGAUGAGUUGAUCCACUGGCUGUUCCUUACAAAGUCACAAUUCCUCGACUUAAUGGAGACCAAAUCCGAGUGGCCCGGAAAGCUAGUUUUCCUCGAAUACUUUACUGAAGAGGAACCUAUCGAUGAUGACCACAAAGCUAUAAAGGAAAGAAUACAGCCUGCCGAAUUCGUCGUUGUGGAAUCAAAAGAACACUCAGUGUUUAUGCCAAAUGAGGUCAAACGAAUGUAUAUGUCCACUCCGUUGGAUUCCCCUCACCUUGCUCAAGCCACGAUAGCUGGACGCCGUGAGCUUAGCCCUACGCUAACUAAGAUCAGAGUCGAUAGUCUACAGCUAGUUGACGAUGUACAAGGUAUAGAUGGAUGCAUCGAUCUAUCAUCCGUGAAGCAAUUGUCUCUUGUGCACAUACAAUCCUACGAUAUGCCACAACAGGUGGCAUCUCAAUUUGCUAGAUUGGAAGACUUAUUUGUUGCCUCGAUUAAGACUAUACCUCUUGAUGUCCAAUACUUCCCCCAAACGGUGAAACGAUUAGUUAUACAGGGUCUUGAUGCACGUUUCCAAAACUCAUUGAUAAAAGUUGGGUAUCGGUUCAAGCUGCUGCUUGAGUAUCUCGAGCUUUGCGACGGGACAGCUUCACAGAACUGGCCUCGACUGAUUACGUUAAACUGUCAUGGUAACACUCCGAUCCCCUACGACACGUUCAACUUUGACAAACUCAGAAUGUACGUGUGUUUUGGUGAGGUUUAUCACAUUGAACAACAUCUGGGUAAGCAGCCAGCCUUUGGACGUAUAAACAACUAUGGCUGA